AGAAGUGGGACUGUGGAUAGGCUAAACAGAGCGUGUUUUAAGGAGGGAGAAGAAAGGAGAAAGAAUAGCAAAGAAUUUUCUGCUGAAACAAACAAAGAAAUGUCUUGCAAUGCACCUUCACUUAGUUUUGGGCUUGGUUUCAGAACACCCAAAUUCGCUUCUCCUUUCCUUCCUUCGCCCUUGCCGCUUUCCUCGUUCUCGACCCAAUGGCAGCCUAACGCUCUCUCCAUUGAAGCCAAGGCCGGAACCCGCAGAGAGGACCGCACUGCCCGCCAUUCGCGCAUCCGUAAGAAGGUAAUUGAUGACUCGAAGAUGCAUACUCUUGCUUCUGCUUCAACAAUGCAAAAGCCAAUCUCCGAUUAUCUCAAUUAUAGCUCUGCUCCCACUAUUGAUGUGGCGAAGAAAGUGGGCAAAGCAAUUGCAAAGUCCUGUCUUGAGAAAGGGAUUACAAAAGUGGCCUUCGACCGAGGUGGCUACCCUUAUCAUGGACGUAUUCAAGCACUUGCUGAUGCUGCUCGGGAACAUGGUCUCCAAUUUUAGGCCUUGGAUGUAGUAUCAACUCUAUCAACUUUUCUAUUAUGCCGUUGUCUUUUCACUACCCUUUCUGUAAUGGUAUCUCUUUGAGGUGCCUUGACUUGGAUUCACUGUUUGUGCAAAUGUAACUUGUAGGGGCUUUGUUC